GGGGACAAAAAUGAAUGAAGAAAAAAAGUGGAAGCUCAUUUUUGCAUUUUUUCCUACAUCGAUAUCCACACAUGUGCGUGUAAGUAUUUGCGAUAUAAGCAUAGAGCCACAUCUCUAAUUGGCACAAAGCGCAGGAAUAUUUCCUACAAAAAGAGGUUCCCAUUUUUAGAAACCCCCCCCCACCCUUAGCGUUCACGUUUACUAGUGUAUACUUAAGCCACUUUAGAAAAGUACAGAGAAAGAGCUUAAAAUGGAUACUCGCAUGGAUAUUGUAAAAUGGAUGAUAAACUCAUUAAGCGGGUGCACGGACAAGAACCAGUAUGUGUUUCUGUUAAACGAGCUCCUUUCCCUCUUCCCACGGCACGCCGAAAAGAGCCUAAAAUUGUGCCUAAAAUCUAAAAUUAAAAAGUAUAUCUGUAUAAUUGAUAAUCCUCCUUCGAAUCGUUGCCCGUCGACUGUCCGUCAGUUAAGGAAAAAGAGCAAAAAAUGGCGGUGGAUAAGACAAGACGCAUGUUUAAGUGAUUGCACCGAUGUUGUUACAGCACAGAGAAGUAGGGGACCUGUAAGCGAAGAUUUUUUUCCUGAACUUACGAAAAACAAAAAGAAACUGAAAAAAGCGCGCUUUCAUUUCUUUGUAGUCUGUGGAAAUUACCAGAAAUAUCUCGUCUCCCAAAAUUUCUGCUCCUGUUUUUAUUUUAAGGACAAAGUUUUGUGCACCAAUACGGACGUAGUGUGUAAGCACAUUUUGUCCGUCCUCCUAUCGGAGAUUUUCAAAAAUUACGAGGAAGUUAUACUAGGUCCCAGUUUGUUCUAUGCGUGGUUAAGGAAGAAGCUCCGCCGUUGAUUUUGGGCCCCAAGUUUGCUCAAAGGUGAGCCGUUUGUGGGCAGCGGUACGCAGCAUGUGAUGUAUGCACACCACGUGUGGAAGCAAAAUGCACACGCACACUUUUGGGCACACUUUUCUGCACACUCUUCUGCACACUUUUCUGCAUGCUUAUGUGCAUGCUUAUGUACACACUUGUGUGUGUUCCCCCGGUGGGAGGUCUGCCCUGCCGCUUUCCCCCACCAAGCGAGAGGAGAGAAGGGGUGCGUGCCCCUGAGAUGGGGCCGUCAGCUGAGCUGCACCUUCCCCGUUAAUCAUUUCCCCCGUUUCUGUAUUUUUUUUUAACUAACGAUAAAAAGAAAAAAGGAAACAAGUUUAGGGAAACAAUAGUAAAAAUAAUGGUAAUAAUAAUGGUCGUAACAAUGC